GUGGAUGUGAUUGUUCAAUGUGGAUAUUUAGUUAGCGAAUUGCGACGCUCUUUUACGUAUCUGCAUUAUUUGGACAUUUAGGAAUAGUGCCAUCAUUAGCAGACACAAUGGAUUUGCAAGACGCUGAAACCCUGUUGGAUUUCAAUAUCAAUACCGAUUCUUCUCAAAUGUACGAUGGUUUUCAAGAGCUGAUGCGAAUGAAUACAAGCGAUCUAUUCAUUGUUCCAGCUGAGAGCAAUCUUGGAUUGUUGGAAAACAAUAGUUCAUUACAUCCAGAUUCAUUUUUCGAUACCGAUUUCAUAAAGAACGAAACAAAACCUAUUCCAAAUAUCGCGUCUGGUUGUUAUGGAGAAGGCCAAACAGUUCCAAAACAUUUCAAAGAAAUUCCGGGGCUCGAUGAUAUAGAAAUGGGUCCAUAUAAUUUUAAUAUUCAAAUAAAUGGACAACCAAAUAGUGCCUCGUUAUGGUGUCUGUCAUCGAAUCUGAAGAACAUUUACGUAAAAAAAAACACUUCGAUUACUUUUGAUGUUUCGUACAUUCCUGAUGGAGCCAGCAAUUUAAAAUUGCGUAUCAUGUUGGUUUGUUCGAGCUCACAAGAAGUACACAAACCCAUCUCAAGAUGUCAGGAUCAUAUAUCGAAGGAUAAAGCUAACAAUAGUGCGAAUAAGGAUCAUAUUGUGCGAUGUUUGAACCCAACUGCCACCUACACGGGACAAAGCCAUUGCGCCAACUAUGGAGACCGUUUAGCCGUAAUGGUUGAUUUGAACAGCGCAGCAAACAAUCAAAUGUUGGGGCAACAGACUUUACCGGUGACGCUUGACUUUUUAUGCCAGAAUUCCUGUUCAACCAUCGAGAGGCGUCCGACAUCACUCCUCUUCAUGCUGGAAAACGAGUAUGGUGCUCUGCUGGGCAGAAAAUCGUUCCGAGUUAAAAUUUGCAGUUGUCCAAAACGCGACAUGGAGAAAGACGAAAAGAAAACUACCGGAGGCAGUGCCACCAAAAAGCGGAAACACGUGGAUGAUGUUGAUUCAACGUGCGAUCAAUCACCAGCGAAGAAACUAAAUCGCGCAUCAACCAAAAAUGCCACACCGAGUAACUGCAGUGAAGCCUGCAGUUCGGGGUCUGUUACGUCGUCGUCGGGAGGUGGUGUAAAGGAGGAAGAAGCUACAUUUACUCCUUUGGGGCGCUCUCUAAGUACCUUAUCGUCUAGCUCUCUGGAAAACGAUAGCUCGAUGGUAAUGUUCAAAAUACGAAUGCCAGACGCUCCUACCGCCAUCAGCUUGGCGAAUUACGCCUACAUGGAAAUUGCUACCAAGAUUGUCAGCUGUACUGAUGAAGAUCAGCUGAAUCGCUACAAAAAAUACCUUCGUGAUUGUCGACGCACUAAGCCCAUGGGUUAAUAUGUUUAUCAGCCAUAGUAGGAGCGGCGAGUGUGGCUUGGAGAUGAAAGCCAUGUUCGCGACAUAUGCCACACAAGAGACUCGGGUGUGGUAUUUCUCUUUCUAGAGAAUUGUGCUAUAACCAAACCGGUGAAUAGUACACAAGUGGAGUACAAAAUGCUUAAACUUAAUGAUGUAAGGUUUCUCGAACUGCAAGUCGAAAAAAGGCAAGAGCCAUAAGACUGACAAAAGAAUAUACAAAAAAAAUCAAAAUAACAGUGCCAAAAAAAUAUGUGGCCACGCCAAAAAACAAUGGGCUUAAAAAAUAAAAAAAGAAAAAGAAAAAAAAUUUAAACAAAAAAAAAAGAAAAAAAUGCAAAAAAAAAACAAAUGCAAAAAAAAACAAAAAAAGCGACAGAGAAACCAUAAAAAAAUUAAAAAAAGAUAUGAUGAUAUUGUGCAAAAGAAAGUAAAUGCAAAUGCACGAAGAAAAUAAAGCGCCGAAACGGGCGAAGAAAUCCUUUAAAACGAAACUGUCCGCAAAAACGGGUUAUGUGUUCAAUCACUUCAAACUCUUACUCUCAAGGAGACCGAUCAAGACACAACUACGCUAUUGGAAGCUUACCGAAAGCCCAAUAGGAUCCUGAACCCAUUCAGUUGUACACGGAGGAGAGAGUUCGAGAGGCAGCUUUGACAUGGUGGCGCACGUGCGGUGGUGGUGUGUGGCAAUCGAGAAAUGAAGGAGAAGCCAACGGACCCCAAACCAAAGCUUACGAAGUGGAACUGCUGACGCUUAACAGCGUAACAGCAUUUACAUAACCCUUUGCCCGACGUCUCGUUGACAUGUCGAACCUUUUGUCGUUGCUGUCGAUUUUCUGUUAAUCACUUUCUGUGGGCAACACGAAUUCUCGACAGCUUCGCUGGCUUAAGGCACCGACUCGUGUCAAGGCAUGCAACGGUUGACCGAAAGCUCAACAUCGUUAAGAACGUCGUUUACCGGCUAAU